AAAACAAAACAAAACAAGGCCACCAAACCCUCAAAAAGAGAAACAAGAUGUGCAAAACCCUUCACAAACACUCUUCCUCCUUUCCAAACACCACCCUCCAAACCCUAAAACUCUCCUCCUCCUUCUUUCUUCUCUUCCUUUUACUUCACAUAUCUCUCUCUCAAUCCUCACCCCAUCUCUUCAUCUAUGGGGGCUGCUCUCAACCCAAAUACCAACCCAACUCCCCUUUCCAAUCCAACCUCAACAACUUAUUAUCUUCUCUAUCCAACUCAGCCUCCCAAUCCUCUUACAACAGCUUAGCCACCGGCAACGACAGCUCUACACCUCCCGACGCUGCCGUAUAUGGCCUCUACCAAUGCCGCGGAGAUCUGAGCACAGCUGAUUGUGCCAGCUGUGUCCAAAGCGCCGUCGCCCAACUCGGAUUGGUCUGUGUUUACGCGUACGCUGCUGGCUUGCAGUUAGACGGAUGCUUCGUCCGAUAUGAUAACGUUAACUUCUUGAAUCGUCUUGAUACGACGCUGAUGUACAAGAAAUGUAGUCCGAGUACGAGCAACGAUGAUGAGUUCUUUAGGAAAAGAGACGAUGUUCUUGCCGACAUGCAGUCGGGGGUCGGUUUUCGAGUUAGAAGCGUGGGAACGGUGGAGGGUGUUUCUCAGUGCAUGGGGGAUUUGAGUUCGAGCGAUUGCUCAGCUUGCCUUUCGGAAGCUGUGUCGCAGCUGAAGAACGUCUGCGGGUCGGCAUUGGCCGCUGAUGUCUAUCUUGCGCAGUGCUACGCUCGAUACUGGGCUUCUGGGUAUUACUCUUCUGCAGAUUCUUCCAACGAGGACGAUGUGGGCAGAACAGUAUCCAUCAUCGUAGGCGUAUUGGCUGGCGUCGCCGUUGUGAUUGUUUUCCUCUCCUUUUUAAGAAAAGCAUUUGCCUAGAGAAACAAGGCAAAGAGAUGGAGAUUCUUCUGGUGGGGUUGAUGGGCUUCUUAAAUAUUCAUUUGGUGAAUCUUCUUUUGUCUGUUUGGGAUUUAUUUAAAACUGUAGUGCACCAAAAAGAAUGUUAUCCCUGCUAAAGUAGUCUCUAUCCCUUCCUCUAAAACAGAUGCUAAAUGGCUGAGAUUCCACCCACUAACACACCUCCAA